AUGGGCCCUGGCCCCGAGCUGCUAGCCUCCUACGCUCCACCUCCCUGCAAGUUACGUCUGUGUCCCGCCAUGCCAGCUUGUGCCAGAGAGGGUUCCCCUAAACCGCUCUCAAAAACAAGAAUCCUUGUGCUUUGUGCACCUUUGCUGCCUUGCUUUUCCUUCGCUGUUCAUCCUGCCUUGAUCGUCUCUGGCCCCGUCACAUCGGCUCGAAGCUGCUGCGGGAGUCGGGCAACAACCCGAAGUCCGCCACGCAGCCGCCGCCGCCCUCUGUCGCAGCACCAUGCCGUCUAUGGUUCGCUUCUUCGGGGAGUUAGCGGCAACCGGUGCUCAUCAGUCCACCAGAAGGUCCAGCAUCCGCAGGGGCUCGGAGAUCGGGGAGCGACUCGAGCACACCAUCCACCUGACCUCCCAGUCCUCCACUCCGUCGGCUCACGACACGGGCAGCGACUUCAACCCCUUUCACUGCAAGCACUGCAUGACGACAAACAUGAAGGAGGAUCCGUUGCGCAUCUAUACAGAAAAUAUCUGCUCCUCCAGUUUGUCUUUCCUGGCACAGGCAUCCCCACGUCAGAGUUCUGCCCCUUAACCUGUUUCAUCUCCCCGGGAGCAUCCCUCACUUGUACAUUUCCGCCUCAUUCUCCUUUGUCUGUAGCCUGCUUGGUCUCCUUAGUGAUCGGCCCCUGGUCUGCCUCCCAACAACGCCCAGACCUCACCGCGCCGGUUGGAAGGUCAAAGGUCAUUAAACGGCUGCGCAAGAUGCUGCAGCUGCAGCAGACGGCGACUGCGGAUAUCUCGCCACUAACACUGCAUGUGCUGGGAGUCUGGCACCUCCAUGGCUCUAUCACACAGCAUGUUGAAUUUGUUUGAAGAUAACGGUCUCUGUUUUAAGGGUUAAAAAAAAUCAGCACGAACUCGCCCAGGUUAUUCUCUCCCAUCACCAUGAUGUUACUGGCGGUGCUGCAGUUGCUGGCGAGCGCUUUACAGCAGCUUUAUAUCCAUCUGGUUGAUUU